CGAUAUUGUACUAAUUUAUUGUCAAAGCAGUAGCCGGUGCUUACGUGUUCUUCUCACUCAGAAAGGUAGCCAUCUUUAAAAAGAGUCACAGACGAAAAAGUAGUGUGUGCUGAAGUGAUUGUGGAAAAUUCUUUACGUUCCCGUAUUCAGAUCGACACCUUACCUUUGCAGCAGAAAAUGGCCCCAGCAGCAACGUUACCUUUGAAGGCGGCUCCGUUCGAUCCGCGUUUUCCGAACACCAACCAAACCAAAUAUUGCUACCAGAGCUAUCUGGACUUUCAUCGCUGCGAAAAGGUGAAGGGAAAGGGCGACAAGGUGUGCCAGUACUUUAAGAACGUGUACGCCGAUUUGUGCCCAAAUGCGUGGGUUGAAAAGUGGGAUAAUCAGCGCGCAGAAGGAACUUUUGCAGGAAAGAUCUAAACACGAAAUCGCUCGUAAAACAGCGCCAAUUUGUAACAGCCACAUGUAUUUCCCUGUAACAAAUCGGGCGUUGGAGCUUUUUAGUUAUGCCUGCCGACCAUUGGUUGAGAUCAGUUAAAUGCAAGGGGGGCAAUGGAAACGAUUGUUCUCUAUAUCUUCUCUCUAAACGAUCGAAAACUGUAGUCUUGGUUUAAAGCAAAACUUUUUUAAGAGCGUAGAAAUAAAGAUAUGGCUGUUAAUUUAUCGAUA